GGACAAAGUGGCAGAAGAAGAGCUGGAACAGCAAGUACCAGGUGUCGUAUCCUCUUCUGGUCGCAGGGCUAUUGCGAAGCAAGAGGAUGCAAAGGCACACGACAGCUCUGCUACAGAGUCGGUCUCGGAGGAGUGUUUGAUGUGCAACCAGCGUGGGGAAGAAAUGGGAGAGCAUUUUUGCAAGCCUUGCGAACGCAAGAUGUACGCUGAUAUCAAGAACAACUUUGUCGCGGAAAUGACCGAUCUUUUCCAGAAGGGAAAGCUCAAUAGCACGUCGCUGGCCCCUUCUUCUACUCGUGCAUUGUAGUGAGUCGUGCACCGGCUGGUAGCUCCGUCUAGUACCUUCUGGUUGUAUCCAGUGGAAAUAAUGAACGCUGCAUUUUUACGACAGAAGCACACAUGUUGGUUUUCUUCACUUGAUUUUUCUCGUGCAGUGAAUAGACGUGUCAUGAUGAUUGCGUUCAUAAAGUUGAAGGAACUUGCAUGAAAAUCGGGCUUGAGCACAGAAUUGCACAGAUAAGAGGGCUGCAUGGUAGAGUAGUGUUGCGCUCGAACACAUUGUCUAGAUCUGAAAAUGUUUGCCUCAUGAUAAAAGUAAGCUAGAAAUAAUGUCAUUUUCUGUUUCUCUGUCUGGCUGCACACAGGGUCACACAACUUUAACGCACAAUUAUUUGUUUGUUUUGAUUCCUUGUUCAACUUGUUUAUUCAUACGACUUAGACCACAGUCACAUCGUUCAACAUUGGGCUAUUUUUCAAAUAGAGCACACUACCUCGAGCAAAAGAAUGAGCCUUAUAUCUCGUUUUUUCGAUCAUUCUUUUACGCAGCUUUGUCAAAGUAUCUUGAACAUUCUUGCAGACGGAAGAACGGGGCUUGUGACUGUAGUUUGACCGGGGGAGAAGAGAAUCGUAGCCACUCGUACUACAUCACCAACAGGAUUUCUAUCGAAAAGGUAUGGUAAUUCGGACCGGAGAUCGGGAAAGUCGACCGUUCGCGCAUGUCAGAGCCGGUGCAGAGGUUUUCCUAGGAAUCUUUUCUUUCCGUCCAGGUGCAUUCCAUGAAGGAGAACCGAGGGUGAGGAGUCGAUUGAUCCACUCGGAGACGAUAAGGUGGUAGAUAAAAGUUGAUAAUUUUUGGGGACUUCUUUCGGGAAACUCGGUUUUUUGGGGUUUUCGAAUACUUCUUCUCGACAAGGAACUCUCGAAAACCGUAAUCGUGUGGAGCUAGGGCGGAGAGAUGUUAAUGGGACAGAAGUUCUUUGAGAAGAAGGAAUAAAAGAAUAUCCGGAGCGUUUCCCCGCCCACUCUUUUUUCACGUAACGUGACAGACAUAGUUCACUGAAGAAUCAUUCAAGUUCUAGAGUAGAAAUAGUAGCAAUAAUAGAAUAACACUAUCGGGAACGAACUGUCUACCUGAGUUUUCUCUGCUGUCUUCGAGAUGAAUUAUCCGCGCUUCCACAGCAUCCGCAAGGAUGUGGCUCCUGGAGGUCAUAUUCCUGGUAUGGCAGCCACUGCGUCUGGAUUUGCGAAGGCAGGUAGCUACAAGCGAGGGGGCUCGCUCGGUGGCGCCGGAAUAGCGUCUUCGAGUAGCGGUGCGGGUGGUGCUCGAGGACAGAUGAAGAUGAUGGGAAGCAAUCAGCCUGGCGGUUAUGGAGGCGGAGGCGCCUCAACACUAGCUCAACAGCAAGUGAUGAACACUAGCAGUAGUAGAGGCUUCGCGAGCCGCGCAGGAGGUGGCGGCUCACAUUUGUCAAGAAGCGGUAGUCUAGGAUCGAUGCUCCUGACAAAGCCCGAAGCGGAUCCCAGAAAUUGGUUCCUCAGUAGUCAGCGCAAAGAAUAUAAUCUGACGGGAAAAACAAGGAAAGAAAAAGAAUCCUUCCAGAGUAUACCAGCAUUGCCGACACUACAGUUCACUCCGGAAAGCACAUGUACCGCAUAUAUGUUUGUUGUCAACGUUGUCUUACAGUGGUCUUUUUAGUCCGUCUUCGUCCUAUACUUUCCUUUGUAACUACUGCCCUGUCUGGGCGUCGUCCAUAGGUUUUUUCUACAUCUGAUUUAGUGCAUGAUUUGGCAAACAAAUGAACUUUCAGUUGGUGCAGAUCCGCAGGCGAAGGUGAAGGCACAAAUGUCAGGCUUGGACGCCUGCUUCUCGGAUACUGUCAGGCAUAUCAACGACUUCUACUUCCGACCCUAUGUGCGACCGGAUUACACCCGCAGUGCUCUGGUAUCAUCUUGUUCGAGCAGACGAACGUGUUUUCACUUGUUCUCUGCGUGUCAGUGUCCAUCAGUCCGUAUGUAUCAGGCAAAAAAUUAUGAGCCUAUGUGCUGGAUGGAAGUUGUUGUAACUUCAUACUUGGAUUUUUCAUCGUCUGAUACUUUUUUGGGUUUCAUCACAUGUUUGUUUCGCUCUUGCCCAAUACUCAGGUACCAGAUCACGAGGCAAAGCGGCAACAGCAGUAUGGGGCAAAGAGGUAGGGAUCUUCGUGGCGUGAGCCAGUCAUGAAGUUCUGGCUGCGUAUGAACUGCGGCGCGGUGCUUCAAAAAAAUUUCUGUGCAUAGUUCUAGGUAUCCAUCGCAUUGAUUUAGACGUUUAUCGCAUUGUUUAAUUUUUGUUGCUGCAAGUACCGGUAGUACCAUGACGAUUUAACCAAAGAAACCUUGUUCAUUGAGAAAUUGAAGCGCCGCAGCACAGAUUGAAAAUAGAGAUCUUUCCCCAGUAAAACCACGGAUAAAAAGUAAGACACGUCACAAGAACAUGGAAAUCGUCCUCGUACUGCAAUCCAAGUUUCUGAAUGUCAUGUCUCUGCAAUUGGCAUGGAGAAUAGAGAAAGACAUAUCUCGUUCACGUUGAUGUGGUCACAAACGCAAAUUGUUGGACCCCCCUCGCUGAUUAUGUUCCUUCAGCAAGAAUCCUGUCACCUAUCUAGAUCAAUCUUCUAGCUGAGGUCGCACUGCGUUGCGUCAUAAAACUAAAAGUCUGAUACAUUAAACAGUAGUAGUACAACACUCGUGCUACUGCGGAGAAGAUGCAUGGAGGAUAAGCGGGAGUA